AUGAAGGUCAUCAAGGUCGGGAGCAGCUCGCAGAGCAGAGUUGCCCAGGCUUGUGACCGGUGUCGGAGCAAGAAGAUUCGGUGUGACGGGAUCAGGCCGUCGUGUUCGCAGUGUACGAAUGUCGGCUUCGAAUGCAAGACAAGCGACAAACUCAGCAGACGGGCGUUCCCCCGUGGAUAUACCGAGUCCCUGGAGGACCGAGUCCGGUCGUUGGAGGCUGAAGUGCGGGAGCUGAAGUCCCUGUUGGAGGAGAAGGACGAGAAGAUCGAUGUUCUGUCCCGGCUCCAGUCGUUUUCACUGUCCUCCCAGAAGGCAACCUCCCCCCCGGUGUCGACCCUAUCACAUUCGCCAGCCGGAUAUUACCCACGACCGCCGCAGACAAUACGGAACGACGGUGGUGACGACCUUAUAUAUGUGCAGCAGACGACCUGCCCCUUAACGAAGCCUUCUGAGGAUGCACCUUUCACCGGACAUUCCAGCACCCGGGCUUUUAUAGACUCAUUCUCUUCCCGCCUUGAAAGAAGCGGCAGGUCACCAACCGCUAUUCUGGCGGACGUUUUGCUCUCUCCGCCAUCAUUGAAUUCCCGAAGGCGUGAGGAUGUCACUCCGUCCAAGAUUCUCCCCCGUUUGGUAUCGGACCGGCUCUUGAACAUAUUCUUCCAAGAAUGGGCGCCGCUGUACCCUAUUGUUCAUCGUCCAGCCAUCCUAAAGCUGUACAGCCGCUACACCACCAACCCUGACUCGAUCGAAGCAGACCAUCAUGCCUUUGCACAGCUGAAUUUGAUCUUUGGCAUUGCUGCUAUCUCAUCCACGUCUCGCGUGCCACAGGACCCCUUAUUCUUCGAACGGCAUUGGAUACCAAAGUUAAGGAUGCUUGCAAGUGACAUAUCACUAACCACACUCCAAUGCUAUGUUCUUGCACAAGUGUAUUAUUCCGUGAAAGCAGACUAUCGGAGUCUUUUGCAUUAUAGAGGUUUGGGGGUUUCGAUCUGCCUGCAACUGGGCCUUCACCAGAGUCAAGAGAGAUUCUCGCUUAACCCCUUGGUAAGCGAAACGAGGAAGAGAGUGUUCUGGUGUCAAUACACUCUCGACAGAUUCGGUGCGGCCUUGACCGGAUUGCCUGUAUUACUAGCCGAGUCAGAUAUCUCGACAGAGUACCCGGCCGACGUCGAUGAUGAAAAUGUCACGGAAACGGGCUUCGUUCCAACUAUUCCGGAAGAACCGACCCGAAUGUCUACCGCCCUCGCGCUGUUCUCUGUCUCGCGAAUCCUUCACCGAGUUUUGGAAGAGCUAUAUCCCUCCCCAGCUGGCUAUGAGAUCUCCCUUUCGACGGUCCACUCUUUGGCAGAGGAGCUGGACGACUGGCUGAAAAAUCUCCCUGCACACUUGCAACUUACCUUUUUUCAGGAUAAGCCAAAUUCCACGUUGACGAACAGUCGAUCGAUAUUGCUUUCAACCAUAUAUUACUUCAUUCGCACUCUAAUCCGCCGGCCUGCGGUCUCUUUCGGCUCAUCUAAUAGUUCAUCUCCAUCGAUGCUUUCCCUUGUCGACUCCGCCAAACAUAUCAUUCAGCUUCUUAGACUCCUCGAAGACAGGAGAAUGAGCCUUUCGCUAUGUAUGAACAAGCGCGAACUGAUUCUAAUCUCUGGCCUUGGCCUGCUAUGGCAAAACCUACAACUAGGCCGAGAUAGCAAAUUAGUCAAGGAAGGACAUAAGACUCUUGCAGCAACCGUCUCGUUGCUCGAGAAUGAAUCCAUCGAGGCAGCAGUGGAGUUUAGCUCGUUGAUACAUCUUGUGUCAGAAGUCGAUAGGUCGAUGCAGGACAGGGGCGGUGGUGUCCAAGAGUACGUAUCGAGCUUGAAAAGGGCUCGUUUAUCAUUCUCUCCUGAGUCUGGUAUGGCUACGCCCGCUAGAGAUGACAUGCGCAAUGCACAUGCCAGGCCCUCGUCGCCCAGGCUAUCUCGCAGCGUCCGAUCCUCGAGUUCGCAUAGCAGCAGCUCCUGUGACCAGCGUGACAGUAUGCACCAUCGUCACCAGGUCCACGCUCGCGUUCAUUCCAACCAGUCUCUCGACAAACCCAUGAGUCUAGACUAUGUCCCGCUCCAUGUCAAGAAAGACGACAAGAAGCAGAUGCACCCGGGCUACAACCAUCAGGUGGGCAUGUCUGAGUGGGAACAUGUCCUCACUGACAUUGAUAGCGGCCAUGCCAAUAUAUUCACGGGGAUAUACGGUGGGAGUGAGUGCGGGCAAGCUCCUGCAGCAUUCGCUGCUAUGGGCUCAAGCUAUCACCCGCCAUCUCAACAAUCUACACCUUCUCUCAGCAUACCCGUUUUGCAAUCGUCGCCAGAGAGUAUGCAUGGCUGGCCACAGGAGUCGUGGACCUCGGCGCCACGAAAUGCCAUCCCGCGUAGCCAUCCCAGCCAUAACAGCGCCAACCCAGCGAAUGGCAGCGCACCCGCGGGAUCUCCAACGACCUAUAACGAUGGCAGAAACCUAGAUGUUAGGGACCAGCAUAUGGGGGGCCACACAAACACCCACGAAACAAAUGUGCAACAUAACAGGCACAUCAACACCUGUGCACCACCGUUGAACCCGUACGAAGCUAUUGUGAUGCCGCACAACCUCGAUUCAAUGCAGGACGCAACCAAUUUCAACGUCUCCAUCUCGAGUGCCUGGGGUCAGCACUCUGUGAUGUAA